AUGGAGUCCAUUGAUUAUGCUGUUAUGAAAGUCAAGCCCACCGUGUGUGAACGGGAGCUCUGUGUAUUUGCUUUCCAAACACUAGGAGUGAUGAACGAAGCUGCGGAUGAAAUUGCAACUGGGGCUCAGGUGGUUGAUCUGCUAGUAUCUAUGUGUCGGUCUGCAUUAGAGUCACCUAGGAAAGUUGUCAUUUUUGAGCCAUAUCCUUCUGUAGUUGAUCCUAAUGAUCCUCAGAUGCUGGCCUUUAAUCCCAGGAAGAAGAAUUAUGACCGAGUCAUGAAAGCGCUGGAUAGUAUCACUUCUAUUAGAGAGAUGACACAGGCACCUUACUUGGAAAUAAAGAAGCAGAUGGAUAAACAGGACCCUCUUGCACAUCCUCUUCUACAAUGGGUUAUUUCUAGUAAUAGAUCACAUAUUGUGAAGCUACCAGUGAAUAGGCAACUAAAGUUUAUGCACACUCCCCACCAGUUCCUUCUUCUCAGUAGUCCACCAGCCAAAGAAUCCAAUUUCCGAGCUGCUAAAAAUCUUUAUGGAAGUACCUUUGCAUUUCAUGGUUCACACAUUGAAAAUUGGCAUUCCAUCCUGAGGAACGGCUUAGUUGUUGCUUCCAAUACGAGGCUGCAGCUCCAUGGUGCAAUGUUUGGAAGUGGAAUCUACCUUAGUCCAUUGUCAAGCAUAUCAUUUGGUUACUCAGGGAUAAACAAGAAGCAGCAGAAGGUGUCAGCUAAGGAUGAACCUGCUUCAAGCAGCAAGGGCAGUAAUACAUCACAGUCACAGAAGAAAGGACAACAGUCACAAUUUUUGCAAAGUCGUAACUUAAAAUGCAUAGCCUUAUGUGAAGUCUCCAGAAUAUGGGUAGUUCCCAAUACUGAUCAUGUGUGUACAAGAUUUUUCUUUGUUUAUGAAGAUGGUCAAGUGGGUGAUACAAGUAUAAAUACACAGGAACCAAGCAUCCAUAAAGAGAUUCUUCGAGUCAUUGGCAAUCAAACUGCUACUGGUUGAAAGGACCACUCUUAUUUAAUUGAUGUGAUUUGGAAGCCUUCCUCAGUCUCAAAGCUGGAUUUUGAACUGAUGAAGAUGCAAAAAAACUAAUUUAUUAUUAUUAUUCUAAGCAAAUUAACCCUUUGAAUACUUACUGUUUUCUUACUUAGUAUUUCUUAUCUCAUCCAAAUACCUAUGAUGGUAUGAAUUAGCAACUGUAGGGGUGCAAAGUCUAUUAAUAUACUACAACUAAUAAUAAUUAAACAGGCAUUUGGGUUGCUCACAAUAAACAGACUUUAAAAAGGAGUUUUGUGCUGAUAUUUUUAUAUUAAACUCUUCAAUUGGAGGUUUUAGUACUGUAUACUGGUAUUUUAAAUUUAGAAUGACUCAAUUAUAAUCAACAGAGAAGAUUUUAUAGCAGAGAACCUGUAUUAUGCAGGAUACUUUGCAAUAAGUAAAAUAUCCUCAUAUUUAAAUACAAUAAAAGGUUGUCUGGAACAUGUAAAUUAAAGAGAUUGGUUGCCUGCAGUUAUCUUUGGUUCAUUUUAUUUUACACAGGUACAGGUAGGAUUUAGAGUCAAAGGUUAAAACAAUUUUUGAC